AUCCGCCGGCCAGGGCCAGCGGCCAGCCAUCAGCAAUCGAGCUGCUCGGCUCAUCCCGGCGCCGGUCCCAGAGCAUCGAGCUCGACUGAGCUCGAGUGCAGACCAGCUCAGUUCCAGUCAGUCGUCGAGCCAGCCGCGAGACACGCGUGACGCGUCUCCUCCUGCCAGACUCAGUCGUCGUCGUCGUCGUCGUCGUGCGUCCACCCUCGGGCUGGGACAUAGCCGUCGUGACGUCAAGCGGUAUACGCCCCAGCAUAGUCAGGCGAAGUCGUGGUCCAGGCCGAGUAUCUCCUCUCCAUACGAGGUCAUGGAGGAGCUGCCGGACGACGUGCUGCUGGAGGUGAUGAGCUACCUGGGCGUGCCGGACCUGCUCGCCUGCCGCCUCGUGUGCAAGAGGAUCGGUGAGCUGGCGCUGCACCCGCACGUGUGGCGACGCCAAACCGUAGACUGCGACAAGUCCUCUUACGGGCGUGUGCUGCGUUUCGCGCCGUGUCUGGGAACUUUGAUCAUUGACUUCCCGUGCCGCGAUAAAGAACUGCAGCUUUACAGCGCUACGAGGUGCGCCGUCUCAUCGCUGAGUCUGCAUGUGGGUAGAAACGCCCCCCGUGAUCGUUUGCUGCACGCCGCGAUGAUCAUCAGGAACCAGGAGGCGCUCGGCCGGCUGAGGGAGCUCACUGUCAAGUUCCAUCCGGACAGGAAGGAGGGUGACGCUUACUUCACACUUCUGUGGACGGCGGCGUACACCUCCGGCCUGGAGGCGCUUACGGUCAACAUCCUGGACGAGGCGGGCGCCGUGCGCCCCGCGCCGCACUUGCGCCCACAGCCGCCGUGCGCGUCUGUGAAGGUGUUCCAGAGCCACCUCAGGCCAGAGUUGAUCCCGUUCUGCGAGUUCGUGAUGGCCGCCCACGCCCCUACCAUCGAGGCCGUAAAUUUCUACUAUGAACUGUUCCCAUUCGGCUCGCAAACGGUGGCACCGACCCUCUCUUCGCCUACGAAGCUGGCCUCCCUGCUCGCAGGCAUGCCGAACCUCCGUUCGCUCCUCGGGUGCCCCCUCAUCGCGGGACUGGAGGCCGUGGCAGCUUGCGAGUCGCUGCGGGAGGUGUGCCUGUUGGUGGGGCCUAAAGGGCAACCUGCCGUGCCGGCGGCCGCGGAGUUCCUGCACCGCACGAAGCAGCUGCGCGCGGUCAGCCUGAAGUACUACGUCGAGGGUGGUGGCGACGUCGUCGGCGACGACCUGGUCCUGGCCCUAGUGUCCUCCGGACCGUCCUCUGUCGAGUCGUUGGAGGUCCAAGGCUAUGGCUAUUGUUACCCAGACAUGCCAGUGCGCCAGAUGCUGCCGUUAAGCAGGGCCCUGCCACUGAUGCCGGCCUUGAAGAAGCUGACGGUGGGCAUGACAUCUCGCGAGGUGCUGCUGGCCAUCACGCCCGAGACGAACCCGGCCCUGCGGACCCUGGAGCUGUACCACGGAGAACUGAAAGAUCCAAGAUGUGCCCACCACUGUUUGCACUCGGACUUGGUGGUGACCGUCUUGUCCAAGAACCCUUCGCUGGAGCUAAAAGUGCGGUUAGCCUACUUCUGUAAGCUUUGCGACUGGUGUAAGAAGGGCUGCCACCGAGAGGUGUGGGGAAACAAAGUAAGGAAAGCCGGUGAAUGGACCACUAUUCCUCGGCUGGUUGACUAAACAUCACACAUGAGAAUGAAGCUGAGACCGCGGCAAAAAUAAACCCAACGUUCUAAUUUGUAAUGAAGGUGAUCGGGCGUAAGAUACAUGGCAAUUUUAGAAAUUUUAAGUUGAUCUACGGCCAUUGUAGUAGGUGUUCUUUUGAAUUGUAUUUCUGAAUGAGUUUAGUGGUUUUCUUAAGAAUAAAUAAAGUUAUUGACA